CGUUGCGAGUGCGAUUAUUGCAUUGCAAGUCGCGAGGUGAGUUCCCUGGUCUGCGCGAUUCCUCAGCACUGCGUGCAUACCAGCGAUUGCAUCGUCGUAGGUAGAAAUCAUCGCCUGCUGAAGCGAUUCUGUUUGUUCUGAGUUCCCGUUUCAUCUUUCGACUGGCGAGCUUUUCCUCGCUGCGUGGGAGAUGGGGCGUGGAGGAUCAGCCGAGGUCGUGGCCGAUGCAGCGGACGUCUUGAAGCCGCGCACGGACAAGCGUGAUUACAAAUGCGUGGUCCUUGAAAACGAACUGCAGGCGCUCAUCAUCAGCGACCCCGAUACUGACAAGGCUGCAGCUUCGAUGGUUGUGAAUGUGGGAUCUUUCAGUGAUUCUGAGGGUCUCGAGGGAUUGGCUCAUUUUUUGGAGCACAUGCUAUUCUUUUCCAGUGAGAAGUAUCCUGAGGAAGACAGCUAUUCCAAGUAUCUUACAGAGCAUGGAGGCCAUUCGAAUGCUUUCACUGCAGCUGAGCAUACAAAUUAUCACUUUGAUAUUAGCGCAGAUUAUCUGGAAGAAGCCUUGGACCGAUUUGCUCAGUUUUUUAUAUGCCCAUUGCUCUCUGCGGAUGCAACGUCAAGGGAAAUCAAUGCUGUUCACUCAGAGAACAGCAAGAAUCUGACCAUGGAUAUGUGGCGAAUGAAUCAAUUGACAAAAAUGGUGAGCUCUAAAGAUCACCCAUUUCACAAGUUUGGAACUGGAAAUUUAGAGACUCUUGAUAUUGGUCCAAAAUCAAGGGGAAUUGAUACUCGUGAUGAGUUAGUCAAAUUUUAUAAAACCCACUAUUCUGCUAACCUCAUGCGGCUUGUUGUCUAUGGUAGAGAUUCGGUAGAUGAACUUGCGAAUUUGGUCCAUAAUAAGUUCAACCUUAUCAAGAACACGGGCAAGAAAGCUGAAAAAUUCAGUGGACAGCCCUGUCUUCCUGAACACAUGCAGAUAAUAGUCAAGGCUGUGCCUGUCAGAGAGGGGCACAACCUGGAAAUGAUGUUUCCUAUAAUACCGGAGAUUCAAAACUACAUUUCCGCACCAUCACGAUACCUUGGGCACUUAAUUGGACAUGAAGCUGAGGGAUCUCUGUUUGCACUCCUUAAGAAAUUGGGUUGGGCAAAUGCCUUGAGCGCUGGCGAGAUAGACAGCAGUUUGGAGUAUGGAUUUUUUAUGAUUGCAGUUGAAUUGACUGACAUUGGACAAGAGCACAUGGAAGAGGUCGCGAGCCUCACAUUUCAGUACAUUCGAGUAUUGCAACAGGAGGGUGUUGCUGAGUGGAUGUUUGAAGAGGUUCGAGCUGUUUGCGAGAUGAAGUUUCAAUUCCAGGACAAGCGGCCUCCCAUUUCAUACGUCACAGAUCUUGCAGGGAACAUGCUGCUUUAUCCUUCAAGAGAUUGGGUAGCAGGAUCUUCAUUGCCCCGACGUUUUGAUGCAGAGAUCUUUUCAGGCUUAAUUGAACAACUGAAACCCGAGCGAGUGAGGAUAUUUUGGUAUUCAAAACAAUUUGAAGGUAAAACCUCUGAAAAAGAGCUCUGGUAUGGGACAGAUUACAUUAUAGAAAGAAUUGAAGACAAGCUGGUGCAGGAGUGGUCAACUGCCCGGACUCAUGAAAAGCUGCAUUUGCCAAAGCCAAAUGUUUUCAUUCCCACUGAUUUUGUUCUGAGGGAUCCUGAGCCGAAAGUGGAUCAUCCUUUCAUCUUGAGGAAAACAAAGAUGUCGAGAUUAUGGUUCAAACCUGAUACUAAGUUCCGUACACCUAAGGCAUGCAUUCAAAUGCAGUUCAACUGCCCUGAGUCCCACUAUUCCCCAGAGGCGAGCGUAUUGACCCGUAUCUUCACAAAACUACUAGUAGACUACUUGAAUGAAUAUGCAUACUAUGCACAGGUCGCUGGAUUGAAUUACGGUAUUGUAACGACCGCGACUGGAUUUCAGGUGUCUGCUUCAGGUUACCACCACAAGCUGAUCGCUUUGGUAGAGAAGAUAAUUGAUAAGGUUGUUAACUUCGAAGUGGAAGAGGAGCGAUUUUCAGUCAUUAAGGAGAAAGUGAUGAAGGAUUAUUUGAAUUUUCGUUUUCAGCAACCAUACCAGCAGGUCAUGUAUAAUUGUUCUAUACUUUUGGAGCACAAACGUUGGCACAUCAAUGAGUUUAUUGAAGUAUUGCCAUCCUUGGAGGCCCGUGAUUUGAUUGCAUUUUACCCGCGCAUUCUGUCACGAAUUUUUUUGGAGUGCUUUAUAGCAGGAAAUUUGACAUGCACUGAGGCGGAAGGCCUUGUGGAGCAGAUUGAGAACUCCCUUGCGGAUGGACCUUUAAUAAAGGCAAGGCCUCCGUUCCAAUCUCAGCACACAGAGCAGAGAAUUGUGAAGUUCGGACCUGGCGCCGACUGGUACUACCCAAUUGCUGGAACAAAUCCUCACGAUGAUAAUUCUGCUUUGCAGACCUACUUCCAGAUUGGCCAGGAUAACACGCACAUGAAUGCACUUCUCGAACUCUUUGUGCUGGCCGCAAAACGUGAAGUGUUCCAUCAACUUCGUACAGUGGAGCAACUUGGUUAUGUUGUAUCUCUUAUGUCCAAAAAUGAUUUUGGAGUACGUGGGGCGCAUUUUAUCAUUCAAUCCACUGCAAAGGAUCCCCGAGGUCUUGAAGAGAGGGUUGAAGUGUUUCUCGAGCAAUUUGAGAAUGAUCUGCAGAAGAUGUCAGAUGAAGAUUUCAAGAAAAAUGUGUACACCUUGAUUCAGAUCAAACUCGAGAAACACAAAAACUUGUGGGAGGAGAGCAGAUUUUUUUGGGGUGAAAUUGAGGACGGAACUUUGACUUUCGACAGGCCACAAGUUGAGGUAGCAGCCUUGAAAAUGGUGAACAAGGAAGACUUGUUGAGUUUUGUAGCACAGAAUAUUGCUCGAGACUCUCCAAACCGCAGGAAGUUGAGCAUUCAAGUGUACGGAGGUCAACACCUUGCAGAGUUCAAAGCUGCUAAAAGCGAGGCACCUGGAGAAAAAACGAGCAAAGUGACUUCUGAAGACGCUGCAGAAGGAGUUGGUGAUGUUGUUGACGGCAAGUUUUCACCCAGAGCAGCAGCUGAUCGCAUAGACAACAUCUAUACUUUCAAGCGCUCCCAGCAGUUACACGAGUCUUCCAGGGGUGGAAAGCAUACUGCUUAUGCUUGAAGGCUUUUGUGCGUAGCGUACCAAGUGUUGAUAUGUAAUUUGACUCUAUGUUCAUGGUGGUUGUAUUCCCUGGACCAACAAUUUUGUAGAGGUUUAUGUCUCAGUUUAGAGUAGGAAUGACUCGUCGCCUUCAACGGGAAUACUUAUAGACACAGAAGAAUGUUUGUUUUAUUUUAUUUUAUUUUUUGUUCAUUUUGGGCAGUACCCAUUUAUUGAUACUUGAUCAGAGGUCAAGCAAGUCGGGGAGGGUUUUGUUUGACUUACUUUUCCAAAAUUUAUCAUUGCAGGUUUGAGCUAGUUUGACAUGUGUAAUCGACGUAAAGAAUAUAUAUACAUAUGGUAUAUUCUAAGUGGAUGA